CUUGGCUCUGUCAUAACCUCACAUGGUCUCUCCUAUCAUUGCUAUGCAGACGACACACAAUUAAUCUUCUCCUUUCCUCCUUCUGAUGACCAGGUGGUGAAUCGCAUCUCUGCAUGUCUGGCAGACAUAUCAGUGUGGAUGACGGAUCACCACCUCAAGCUGAACCUCGGCAAGACGGAGCUGCUCUUCCUCCCGGGGAAGGACUGCCCGUUCCAUGAUCUCGCCAUCACGGUUGACAACUCCAUUGUGUCCUCCUCCCAGAGCGCUAAGAACCUUGGCGUGAUCCUGGACAACACCCUGUCGUUCUCAACUAACAUCAAGGCGGUGGCCCGUUCCUGUAGGUUCAUGCUCUACAACAUCCGCAGAGUACGACCCUGCCUCACACAGGAAGCGGCGCAGGUCCUAAUCCAGGCACUUGUCAUCUCCCGUCUGGAUUACUGCAACUCGCUGUUGGCUGGGCUCCCUGCCUGUGCCAUUAAACCCCUACAACUCAUCCAGAACGCCGCAGCCCGUCUGGUGUUCAACCUUCCCAAGUUCUCUCACGUCACCCCGCUCCUCCGCUCUCUCCACUGGCUUCCAGUUGAAGCUCGCAUCCGCUACAAGACCAUGGUGCUUGCUUACGGAGCUGUGAGGGGAACGGCACCUCAGUACCUCCAGGCUCUGAUCAGGCCCUACACCCAAACAAGGGCACUGCGUUCAUCCACCUCUGGCCUGCUCGCCUCCCUACCACUGAGGAAGUACAGUUCCCGCUCAGCCCAGUCAAAACUGUUCGCUGCUCUGGCUCCCCAAUGGUGGGACACACUCCCUCACGACGCCAGGACAGCGGAGUCAAUCACCACCUUCCGGAGACACCUGAAACCCCACCUCUUUAAGGAAUACCUAGGAUAGGAUAAAGUAAUCCUUCUCACCCCCCCCCCCCUUAAAAGAUUUAGAUGCACUAUUGUAAAGUGGCUGUUCCACUGGAUGUCAUAAGGUGAAUGCACCAAUUUGUAAGUCGCUCUGGAUAAGAGCGUCUGCUAAAUGACUUAAAUGUAAUGUAAAUGUAAAAUGUUUUUAAAAAUCCAGAAAAUCACAUUGUAGGAUUUGUAAUGAAUUUAUUUGCAAAUGAUGGUGGAAAAUAAGUAUUUGGUCACCUACAAACAAGCAAGAUUUCUGUCUCUCACAUACCUGUAACUUCUUCUUUAAGAGGCUCCUCUGUCCUCCACUUGUUACCUGUAUUAAUGGCACCUGUUUGAACUUGUUAUCAGUAUAAAAGACACCUGUCCACAACCUCAAACAGUCACACUCCAAACUCCACUAUGGCCAAGACAAAAGAGCUGUCAAAGGACAGCAGAAACAAAAUUGUAGACCUGCACCAGGCUGGGAAGACUGAAUCUGCAACUUGGUUAGAAGAAAUCAACAGUGGGAGCAAUUAUUAGGAAAUGGAAGACAUACAAGACCACUGAUAAUCUCCCUCGAUCUGGGGCUCCACGCAAGAUCUCACCCCAUGGGGUCAAAAUGAUCACAAGAAUGGUGAGCAAAAAUCCCAGAACCACACGGGGGGACAUAGUGAAUGACCUGCAGAGAGCUGGGACCAAAGUAACAAAGCCUACCAUCAGCAAGGGCAUUGAAGAAGAAACGUGGCUGGGUCUUUCACCAUGACAAUGAUCCCAAACACACCGCCCGGGCAACGAAGGAGUGGCUCCGUAGGAAGCAUUUCAAGGUCCUGGAGUGGCCUAGCCAGUCUCCAGAUCUCAACCCCAUAGAAAAUCUUUGGAGGGAGUUGAAAGUCUGUGUUGCCCAGCAACAGCCCCAAAACAUCACUGCUCUAGAGGAGAUCUGCAUGGAGGAAUGGGCCAAAAUACCAGCAACAGUGUGUGAAAACCUUGUGAAGACUUACAGAAAACAUUUGACCUCUGUCCUUGCCAAUUGACCAAAUACUUAUUUUCCACCAUAAUUUGCAAAUAAAUGCAUUAAAAAUCCUACAAUGUGAUUUUCUGGAUUUUUUUUUCUGAUUUUGUCUGUCAUAGUUGAAGUGUACCUAUGAUGAACAUUACAGGCCUCUCUCAUCUUUUUAAGUGGGAGAACUUGCAUAAUUGGUGGCUGACUAAAUACUUUUUUACCCCACUGUAACUUUGUCCUUUCUGGGAUGGGAAUUUUGGAGACAGCGCUGUCCUGAAAGCACAUUUAGAAACCACUACAGCCUUGGGGUGACUAGUUCCAUGUUGCCAGAACUGCAGCAGAAUACAGUUUGCAUCGGAGCCACAGCCAUUCCCCCAUGUCCAACCGCCACAGGCACAUCGGCAACAGGGUACGUACAUACACACACUAAAUGUUAUGAGUGUCGUUGAUGUGAUGAUGUAUGUGUUCCAGGGUGCGGAGAACAGAAUGGAAUCAGACAGAGGACGCCUGAGACCUCCAGUCCACAACCCCCUCAGCCAGACACAGACCCCACCCCUGGGACCUCCUCUGACCAACCGAAGCCAUGAGUGUCUUUUAAACAACAUAAAAGCUUGCCAGUAUAAUGCAAAUAUGAGCUAUAUGAGGACUUUGCUGGCCCAUUGGAAAACAUCCACUGAAGAACCAAAGCCUCCAAAAGGAAAGACAAUAAAGAAACUUGCUCAAACAUCCCAAAAAAGAACAAACAAUGAACCAUCUCAGAAGUGCAAAACACAACAGGCAAAUAAAUCACACUGUAGUUACAGCCCAAGAAGAGGAGGAUAAACAAAGCUGCCAAAAUACAGACACAAACAAAGUUUUUCCUCAAAUACCAGCCACAAACAAAGAAGUCUCUCAAAUGCCCCCAAUAAGGGAAGUGGACAUGGAGGUAACUGAAACAUGGGACGCAGCGGACAUUCUGACCUACCAGAUUCUAUGACAUCCUAUGGGUUCUCGCUUGUUUAUUUACACACACCAGUGCACAGUACACAAAGACUUUUCUUUUGUAAAGUUAUGUCAGUGAAGAAUGUUUCAUAAAACAAAGUUAGUUUUCAGAACCAAGAGUUGUACAUAGAUACUGUAUGUCUACAUUUGCUUUCUAUUUAAAAAGUAUCUCAAACAGAGGUUGUCCUCUACUGGUUAAGACCAUGGUCAGUUUUGGUACGUUGAUAUCAGUUUUAAAUGUAGUCAAACGUAUUUUCUUAGUUUCACUCCCUGGUAAAUGCAACGACUUGGGACUGUUCAAAGUGCUUGCACUAAAGCUGAACAUGCAGAAAACCUUAACAUUUUGAUUAUCAGGAGUUAACUUAUUAUCAUUAUUACAUCCUGAGCAUUGCCCCUGUCGUUUAAUGAAGGGUCAAUAAUGUUAAUCCAGCUGGAAAAACUAACAUUUUGUAUAAAAACAUUGUAAAUAUUUUGGUUGUUGAAUUAUUUAUUUUGUAUAGUUUAUCUCUGGAUCAAUACGUUUAGUGCUAUCCUGGAUCCUUGGGACAUCCCUAAAGAUUAUGGAUAUACGUCUCUCUACCCUAACAAUGUCGUUGUCUAGCUCCCGCCUUUCUUUGAAUUGGUGGAGACAUCUCAAUAUUGUAAUCUGUUUUUUAGUAUUUGAUGAGGGCUGUUCACGUCAAUCUCGAGUAUUCAAUGGCGGGAUACACUACUAGCCUUAUAACAUGCAUAUGCAUAGCCAUCUCCGGUAAAACGUGUUUUUUCUCAAAGUUGCUGGGCUGUCACGUGGCCUACUUAUAUCCGUACACUCAUAAGCAUUCCAAACGUCUAUUCGAUCAAAUAGACUUCAGGUAGCAAAUAAACCAUUAAUUGACCUCCAUACAAAAACUUGCAUAGUGGGCGAAACAACGAAAAAAACGCCACCUGUUGGAGGGGGACCGGUUUUCCGGCAAAUUAGGCUACUCUUCCUAUCUGGUUUCGACUUAAAAUGUAUUUAUUUUUAUUUGCUCAUUAGGCUAUUCCUUUUAUUGACAUGUUCAAAGCAGAGCAAUGAAUACCAUUAAAGAUCCCACAUUAGAACUCCGUAACAUGAUGCACAGUAAAUAACCUGCAUCAUUACAGAUAACAUGUUUUAUCCAACAGCAACAGCAACAUGUUUAUGUGCUAUGUGUUGACCUACGUGUUAAAAAUGUAUCUAUGUCCUCAUCUUUUUUUUUU